GUUUCCGUUAUCUUUAGACGCACAAGAGAGAGAGACGAGGUUGCCACGGGAAAAAAGAAAUAUAUAUACAUACAUAUAAACACGUAUAUACUCAUAUAUAGAAUAUAUACGUGUAACGCGACCUUAAAUAACGGAUAAGAAAUCUGGUCAUGAAAUAAAAUCACAUUUAUUCCGGCGAUAUACAAUGAAACACUCGCCGUUGAGGUUAUAUCGCCGGUACGUGCGCGUCGACAUUUAGUGACUUAAAAAAAAUGGGAGUGUAGAAAGCAAGAAAAAAAAAAAACAAUGCCGAGAAAGAUGCUGGACCGAGGACGGUGCCGAACGAGUCCUUCCAGUAACGCGGAGUGUCGAUUGUGAUUUUGGAGUUUUAAGUGUCUUUUUCUUUUAUUUUCUAUUUUUUGUCCCCUCCCUCCGAAUCGCCGAACAAAAGAAGUCGCGUUGUGUCUGUGCAAAUGUGAGUGAGUGUUUUUCGUAAAUUUAUAUCAUUAUUAUUAUUAUUAUCAUUAUUAUUAUUACUACCGUCGCACUAUUAUUAUGGUGACGAGCAUUAUGAAUGGAAUUCAACGUGUUUAGGAAAUAACGAAAAGUUCGUAAGGUGAUUUAAAACGGCAUGCUUUUUUUAACAUUUUUUUUGUUCGUUCGAACUGAUCGAUUGAAUUUGAGUUUCGUCCGUUUGUCUCUUUGCCUCGGGGGGGCCCCGUCAUGUUAUGUCAACGUAACCCUGCGGCAGCACUGCCGCCUCUUUAGUAAUUAACCAAACAAAAUGGACACCCCGAGAUAACGAUUAAACGAAAUAAACCCCUCGUGUGUGAGAGUGUGUACAUUCUCGAUGUUUUUGUUUUAUAAAUGGAAUUGACGGUGAAAUGGGAACGAAGCGUGGUGAAACAAGUGAGAGAAGAGAAUCAAUGAUGGGUACACUACUGGUGAUAGAAAGGAUCGUAAAGUGCCCUCUUGAGCCCGAGACGGAGGCGAAGAUUAGUGAAGCGUAAAGACAUGGACUCGUACGAUCUAUUUGGCGAAGAUGUCAGUGGUUCAAUGCUCGAUGCUCUUCCUGAUCUUGGGGGUAACGAUCAUUUUGACCCGGCAGGACCGAACAACAACGUGGUAGUAAACAGAGAUGGGACAAAUCCAGGACCGAACGGUGGUGGAGGCGGUGGGAGUUAUAUCACUCAGCCUUAUGGGAUAACGCAGGAGUCGCCAUUGGCUAAAUUGACGUCUUUCGGCGGUACGGAAUUUGGUAGCGGGAGUCAGCAAUUGUCAAGUACGACGCAGCGAGCGAUGUUUAAUCAGGGAAUCGGUAGUUUCGAUGCGGGUGCCCCGCAGCGGGCGGCGAUGGUGCCGGUUGGUUUUCAGCAGAAUCCAGCGAGGAGUAUGGGGCCUCAGCAUCGCGGUCCUCAUCCGGUUGCGGGAGGUCAGUAUCCCGGUUAUUCGGACAAUAUGUAUUCGAUGGAGCAGCAGCAUCCGAUGGCGCGUGGAAAUAUGGGAAUGGAUCCGAGUAUGCAAGGCUGGCCGGGUGCGGCUGGUACGUAUUCGCAGAUGCAGAGGCAUUACAAUCAGAUGGGACCGCAGCCAGGAGCGUAUAGGCAGCACAUGCCGCAGUAUUCUCAUCAGCAGGAUCAAACGGGUAUUAGUCAAAAAUUGCAGCAACAGCAGCAGCAACAGCAGCAACAGCAGCAGCAACAGCAACAUUUUAACGCGCAGCAAGGUAUGAUCGGUACGAUGGGAGUACCGCAUCAGGCGAUGCAGGCUGCUGGUGGAGCGGGCGUUUAUCAGCACAUGGUUGGCCAGCAGCAGCAUUAUCAGCAGGCGAACCCCGCGGGGAUGUAUCAGGCUUCGGGGGGUUAUACGGCUUUCGCGACAGCCGCGGCGAUGCAUCAACAACAGCAACAGCAGCAACAACAACAGCAACAGCAGCAGCAACAGCAGCAGCAGCAGCAGCAACAACAAGCCGUAGCUCAGCAGCAGCAACAAGCGGCUCAGCAGGCUCAGCAACAACCUCAACGAAUGCCGCAUCAUCAUCAGCAGCCUCAUCCAACGCUUCAGUCUCUUCCCUCUCACCCGCAGUAUCCGCAACAUCCGCAGCAUCCGGUGGUGAGUCAGCAAGCAUCGAUGGAACCCCAGCAGCAGCAACAACAACCCCAACAGCCACAGUAUCCUCAUCAUACCGCACCAAUGUUCAAUCAGCCCCAGCAUCCCGGACCUAAUGCUCAAUUUGCUCCGACUAAACACGCGACGAGUCCUCAGUACAGAGCGGCCUUCCCGCAAUUGUCACCGCAAAUGUCGCCCAGGCCCCAAAUGUCGCCGAGGCCUCCGGCGGUGCAACAACAAAUGUCACCGCGACCGAUCAUGUCGCCGGCUAAACCAACCACACUGUCGCCGCAUCCACACGUACAAAUACCACAUCAACAGACUGGUCCUCCGACGAACUCACUUUCCGUUUCACCUUGUCCACCGACAUCGAUGUCCUUGAACUCUUCCGGUGGUACACAACAACAAACGACCUUACAAGCUCUCGAACAAAUGGUUAUACCUGGUGUUGCCGUCACGAAUUCUAACGUGACGCCACAGGAUUACAACCAGUUUCAAUCGCGUCCAACGAUGCCACAUCCUUCGGGAAUAAUGCCGCAGCAGAAUGCACAAAAUUCUAUGCCACCGGUCACCGGACCGAGAAUGCCGAUGCCUUCGCAAUGGCCACAUCCGCAACAGCAGCAGCAACAACAACAGCAACAACAACAGCAACAGCAACAAAAGCAGCAGCAGCAGCAGCAACAACAGCAACAACAACAACAACAACAACCUCCACCCCCUUCUGCACCGCAGCAGCAGCAGCAACAACAACCGCAACCACAACCACAACCACAACCACAACCACAACCCCAACAACAAAUGAGGCCAAGCAUCAGCGUGAACGAUUCCCGAGGGAUGAUGGACCAGCAGCAGGUUCCGACGACGAGCGAGCGAAGUCCCAUGUUUCCUAUCAACGGCAACGACGUUAUUCACAACGUAGUUGAAACUACUACGAGAGAUACGACCGACAAUUCACAAAUUGUCGUUAAUAAUCCUUCCGUUCACGAAAUCGAGACGAACGAACAACAAUCGUUGGUUAAGCAGAAUAGCGAAAUGCUCGGACAGCCCCAACAGCAGCAACAACUGCAACCUCCUCCUCAGCAAAUGCAACAGCAACAUCCCCAGGUGGAGAGCUCGGUUCUUACGAACAAUCAGAUGAGUCUUGCUCAGCCUAUGGAACCGACGACGUCUAUGAGAUCGAGUCCGAUCGAAACGGUGCAAUCGUUACCCGCUUCGAGCACCAGCGGCAACAUCGAAUGCGGAGCUUCCUCCCCGAUGAUGCAGCCCCAGCAACAACCACCAACGUCCAGUGUCGUUUCCAGUGGCAACGUGUGCGACUCAAACGACGUUACGAUCAGUGAACAACCCCAACAAGAAAUUAAUACGAUACAACAUCUUUCCGGGCCUACUGUUAGCGCUUCGAUGCACAAUCAGCAAGCGAUGUCCAAUCAAACCCAACAACCUGUAGCCCAGCAACAACAGCCACCUCAAACCCAGCAGCAACAGGCUAUGGUUUGUCAGCCACAACCCGUACAGCAGCUUCAUCCGGGCCAGCAGAUGGUACAAAUUCAACCGCCUUUGCAAUCUCCUGGUGUAACUCAGCCUCAACAAUUAGUCCACUCGCAACAGGUCCAACCUCCGAUCGUACCGUCCCAACAUUCUCCCAUAGGACAGUCGCAGCCGAGCCAAAUGGUGCAGCAGCAGCAACCACAGUCGUCCCAGCUGGCUCAACAACCGCAGAUGGUUCAAAUGAUGGGACAACCGCCACAACAACAGCAGCCUCAACAAAUUGCGCAGCCUCCACCAGCUGAAACGAUGGUUCAACCACAACAGCCAACCAUACAAGUAGCACAGCCUCAGCAACCCAUUCAAGUUGGACAACCUCAGCCGUCCCAGCAAAUUGGACAGCAACCAAUGGCACAGCCACAACAACAACAACAACAACAACAACAACAACAACAACAACAACAACAACAACAACAAUCUCCUCAAAUUGGCCAGUCCCAGCAGGCUCAAAACCAAUCUCUUCUGCCACAACAACCUCCUCCACAGCAAUCACCUCUUCAAGUUGGUCAACAAGCCCAACAACAGCAACCGCUCAUGACCCAACAAGUCAUGAUUCCCACCAGCAAUGCUAUGAUUCCCUCUCAAUUGCCUCUCCAAACUCCAAUGCCUCCCCAAAUGGCGCCUCAAGUUUCUCAGUUACAAACAACCGUCACCCCACCAAAUACGACUCUCAUGGCUCCCCAGCAAAUGGCCCCUGUCGUACAAACGACCAAUAUGCCUCCUCUCACCAAUGCUCAAACCACCGUACCGGUUCAACCUGCAUUUGGUGAAUACACAAACAUGCAAAAACCUACCAGUAUGUACACCAGCGAUAUGAUCGUCGUUGGAUCUGGACAACAAACUCCCCAACCCAAUCAACAACAACCACAGCAACAACAACAACAACAACAACAACAACAACAGUAUCACACCCCCGGCGAAAUGGUCACUGGGAAUACCGUGCCCAACAUGUACACCAUGCCACCGGUCACCACUCCCACUCCUGUCAUUUCUACGCCCUUCAAUAACGCUUGUGCACCCGUUACUCAUCAUCAAGAAAGAGCCGCUCUCCAACAACAGCUACAGGAAUUGUACUGCAUGCCACCUGCUCCUGACUGCCAAGAAAAAAUUGUCAGCUUGCAAGACAAACUUCAGGCGCUGCAACAACACGAAACUAACGAACAGUGCAACGGAGGACCUCAGUGCAUACUGCAGACUCCCAUGUUUGCUGCUGCUGUCGUAGACAGCCCUCAGGUUUCAAGCACGACCGGUCGAGGACGAAGUAAAGGAACUCCACGUACGAAAAAGAGUCGAAAAAAAGCGGACAAGGAAGCAGCACCACCGAUUAUUGCUACGCCGAGUGUACAGCCCGAACAACCAUUGUCGGAUAAUCUUGUGACACCCGGUGACAGUAGUAACAUUGUCGACAGCGUUGCGGACUCCGAGGACAACAAACCAUCGUCGGGUGGCGAUGUCGAGGAAGAUUGGAACAAGAGCAGAAAAUCACGACCGCCGAGGAAACCAAGAAAGCCUAAAGAACCAAGGGAGCCGAAAGAAGCCAAAGUUAAGAAAGAGCCUAAACCACCCAAAGAGGCUAAAUCACCGAAACGAAAGAAGAGGAGCAGAGAAACCAAGGAUUCUUCGAAACGUGGCAGUAAAAAAAAAACUACUCAGUCGGAAUCAGCUGACGAAGAAGCGGCGGCGACAGUUGUACCGGAAACCGAAGAAGCUGUUGCCUCCGAACCAGCACCUGUUCAAGACGCUGAGGUGAAACCGAGUGAAUCACCAAUUCAGGAUGAUCAAGAGCACGUCGAUUCCUCGACUACCGAGCCUAUAGUUCCCGACACGAAGGAAGACAACGAGGCUAAAGUCGAAGAACCCAGCGAAACUAUUGAAGAGGGUGAGAAAAAAGAAGCCGGCGCGGAAACGACGGAAAAAGAAACCGUCGAGGCUUCCACACCGGCUAAGAAAAAACCUUCGCGAAAACGAUCAGUUGGAAAAUCUUCGAUUGGAAGAUCGCCUCGUAGUUCGAAAAAGCGCAAGAGUCGUAUAGCACCGGAUUCUGACGGCGAGGAACUGGCAGCGACUCCGCCACCAUCGCCGGAAGCCGGUGAAGACCUCAACAAACGACGAUCAGCGAGAAAUACUCAUCGCAAGAAAUACGUCGAUGACGUUAUGCUUAGAUUUUCCGAUGACGAUGUACCCGUCCAAGAAGGCUCGGCUUCUAAAAAGUCAGAUGGUGCCAGUGGCUCAAAACCUUCAGCGAUUAAACGCGAAAAUGAGGGCGGUGAUGUUGGGCCGAAUAAGCCUAAUUUCGUGUACAUCAAUACUACGGACGAGGACUCGAUGGUUGUGCAGCAUAUUCUUUGCGUACGAAUGGGUAAGCGAGAAGUAAAACCACCGGCUCCGGUGGAAGUGAAGUCAGAGGUAGAAGAAAAAUCCGAGGGAACAGUGGAUGCGGAAAAGUCGGAUGUUGAGGGAGUGAAGAAAGAGGGCGAAGAUGCUGCUGUGGCCGACGGUGAAAAGAAACCGGAAACGGAAAAGGGCGAAUCCGAAGAGAAUGAUAAAGAACCUAAGACGGAAGAAACGAAGGAAACAACUGAAAAAGAUACUGACAAAGAAAAUAAGGACGAAGAAGUUAUAGGAAAAGACAAAGAAGUCGAAGCUGCUAGCGAGGAAAUUUUAGCAGUAAAUAAGGAAGCGCAUGAAGAAAAAAUGGAAACAGAAGAAAAUGCAAAAACCGGGAUGGAAGUGAAAGAUCAAGAAAUCCCAGAUGAAAAAGAAGAAGAACCAGAAGUUCCAUCUUCUGAAUCGCUCAAGAAAGAUGCAGAAAAAGAGAACACUGAGGAUAACGACGAAGAGGAAAAUACGAAGAGUACAGAAAACAAAGAGGAAGAAGAAAUGGCCAAAAAGAAUGAAGAAAAUUCCGAAAAGAAAGACGAUCCUGAGGAUAAAGAACCUGAUGAAACGGUCGCAACCGUGACUGAAGAAAAAGACACAGCCGAGGAGGAAAAUGACGGCGUUGAGAUGAAGGAUGAAAAAGGAGAAUCCAUUAAAGUAAAAACUGAAGUUGAAUCUCAAGUGCCUGAAAGCACAGAAAAUGUUAACACCGAAACAGUCAAACCAGAAAUGAUCGAAGUAGAAGAAUACCUCGUCAAGUAUCGAAACUUUUCUUAUCUGCAUUGCGAGUGGAGAACCGAGGAGGAAUUGUACAAAGGCGACAAAAGGAUACAAGCCAAAUUGAAGAGAUUCAAACAGAAGAUGGCGCAGAACACAAAUAUAUUUGAAAACCCGGAAGACGACCCCUUCAAUCCAGAUUUCGUAGAAGUCGAUCGUGUGUUGGAUGAGGCAAAGCAUACGGAUCCAACAACGGGUGAGACGGUUCGGCAUUUCCUCGUGAAAUGGCGUUCGCUGCAGUACGAGGAUUCAACGUGGGAAUUAGAGGAGAACGUUGAUCCGGAUAAAAUAGUGCAAUUUCACAGGUUCAAUAAGUUGCCACCAAAGGAUCAGUGGAAACCGAAGAAAAAGCCGACGAAUGCGGCGUGGAAAAAGUUGGACGUAUCGCCGAUUUACAAGGGAGGAAACAGUCUGAGGCCUUAUCAGCUGGAAGGUCUCAAUUGGCUGUUAUUUUCGUGGUACAACGGUCACAAUUGUAUACUCGCUGACGAGAUGGGUCUUGGAAAAACGAUUCAAUCAUUGACGUUCGUAGACGCAGCUUAUAAGUACGGGAUUCGUGGACCUUUCCUCGUGAUCGCACCGCUGUCAACGAUACCAAAUUGGCAGCGAGAAUUCGAGAGUUGGACGGACAUGAACGUGGUGGUUUAUCACGGUUCAGCCGCGAGUCGCACGAUGCUGCAGGAGUACGAGGUUUAUUACAAAAACGACAAGGGUGUACAGAUCAAAGAUCUCAUUAAAUUUAACGUUCUCAUAACGACUUUCGAAAUAAUAAUAACUGAUUUCAAUGAAUUGAAAGGUUAUAACUGGCGCUUGUGCGUUAUCGACGAAGCGCACAGACUUAAGAACCGAAAUUGUAAACUGCUCGAAGGCUUGCGACAACUGAACCUCGAGCAUCGUGUUCUUCUCUCCGGUACGCCAUUACAAAACAACGUAAACGAGUUAUUCUCACUGUUGAAUUUCCUCGAGCCCACACAAUUCGCCAGCAGCGAAGCUUUCCUCAAAGAAUUCGGCAAUCUCAGCAGCGAAUGCGAAGUCAAUAAAUUGCAAUUACUCUUAAAGCCAAUGAUGCUCCGAAGAUUGAAAGAAGACGUGGAAAAAUCGCUUGCCCCCAAGGAGGAGACAGUCGUCGAGGUUGAAUUGACGAAUAUCCAGAAAAAAUAUUAUCGCGGUAUUCUCGAGAGAAACUUUUCGUUCCUCGCGAAAGGCACGACUUCGGCAAACAUACCGAAUUUGAUGAACACCAUGAUGGAACUUCGAAAAUGCUGCAUUCAUCCUUUUUUGCUCAACGGUGCCGAGGAUCAGAUACAAAUGGAUUACAAAUCACCGGACAAGGAAGACAGCGAGGCUUACUAUCACGCUUUGGUAAACAGUUCCGGAAAAAUGGUUCUCAUCGAUAAAUUAUUGCCGAAAUUAAAAGCUAGUGGACACAGAGUUUUGAUAUUCAGUCAGAUGGUCAAGUGUCUCGAUCUUCUGGAGGAUUAUUUGCUCUACAGGAAAUAUCCGUACGAAAGAAUUGACGGUAGAAUCAGAGGAAAUUUGCGACAAGCUGCGAUUGAUCGUUACAGCAAGCCUGAUUCCGACCGUUUCGUUUUUCUUCUAUGCACGAAAGCCGGUGGUCUUGGAAUUAAUUUAACAGCUGCUGAUACCGUAAUUAUUUACGACAGCGAUUGGAAUCCGCAAAACGAUCUUCAGGCUCAAGCUCGUUGUCAUCGUAUUGGCCAACAAAAAAUGGUCAAAGUUUAUCGUUUGCUUUGCCGCAAUACCUACGAACGAGAAAUGUUUGACAAAGCUUCCUUGAAGCUUGGACUCGACAAAGCUAUCUUACAGUCCAUGAACACUGCCCAAGGUGGCAAAGAUCCUAACAACAAACAAUUGACGAAAAAGGAAAUUGAGGAUUUGCUUAAAAAAGGAGCAUACGGGGCGAUCAUGGACGAUGACAAUGCCGGUGAUAAAUUUUGCGAAGAAGACAUCGAACAAAUUCUUGAAAGACGAACACAAAUCAUCACUAUCGAAGCCGAAAAAGGAUCCACUUUUUCCAAAGCGAGCUUCGCGUGCUCACAAAAUCGUUCUGACAUCAAUAUCGAUGAUCCGGACUUUUGGAAAAAAUGGGCCAAAAAAGCUGAAAUCGAUACUACCGAAAAGAAGGAAGAAGAAGAUCUCGUCAUUUCAGAACCACGACGCAGAACUCAGAUUAAACGUUAUGGUCACGAUGAAUCGGUCGUUGAUAUGUCGGAACUCGAUAGCUCUGAUGACAACAGUGACGAUGAAGGAACUGGUCUGACGGGAAGAGGAAAGAAGAGACGAGACAAAUUUGGAAAGAGAACGCGAAAGUUCUACGACGAUUACGUGCCAAGGGACGGUGAAGUAGUUUACGGAAGUUGGGCUCGAACGGAGUGUUUCAAGGUGGAACGUGGUCUGUUAACAUUUGGAUGGGGACGUUGGGAAGACAUACUCCAGCACAGUCAAUUUCGUCACGGUUGGCGAGGCACCGACGUCGAGGAUUGCGCCCGAGUUAUUCUCCUCUAUUGCCUGCGUUAUUUUCGCGGUGACGAGAAGAUUCGAAGUUUCAUAUGGGACCUAGUGACCCCUCUGGAAAACGGGGAAAAAAUAAAGACGAUCCCGGCAAAUUUGCAGUCGAGGCACAGUCGACAGAAGAAAAAGAGUCGCGUACGGGAAUGUCGCGAAACUCGAGGAUCAACCAUUAACGGUGGACCGAUGGAUCCGAACCAUUGGAGUCAGGCCGAAAAAUACGACGGUGAUAUAUUCCUCGAGAGUACAUACAAGAAGCAUCUGAGUCGACACGCCAACAGAGUUCUUCUACGAGUACGAAUGCUCUAUUAUAUCAAGCACGAGAUAAUCGGCGAUUUGGUGCAGCACAUAUCCGACGGAGUACAUGUCAGUGCGUUGCGGAUAAACCCUCCGCAGUUACCGGAGCGACCAGCGAAAUGGUGGGACACGACGGCAGACAAGUCCCUAAUAGUUGGCUGCUACAAACAUGGCUACGAGAAUUACGACCAGAUGAGGACCGAUCCCACGCUUUCUUUCAUUUCAAGCUGUCCUCCCCCUUCCCAGACUCAGACCGCCCAGAUCAAGGAUGAGAGUAACAACAUCGAGCCUGAAAACGAAGACGGGGAGAUAUUAACUGUGCCGAAGGAUCCGAAAGAGCCGGAAAAAUUCGGAAGCGAAACUCCCGCGGAUUCGCCGGCCAUUUCCGUCAAAGCCGAUACCCCGAUAUCUGCUGAAGCAGGGGGCAGUCACGACGGCACGGAAAUCAUUAUCGAUGAUGAUAAAUCUUGGCCCAGUACGGUCGAUCUUAAUACAAGAUUGCGACGAGUUAUCACAUCGUAUCAACGCACCAUCGUUAAAAAGGAUGAUGGCAAAACUAUGAUGAAAGGCAAAAUGGAACUUGGCCAGCAACAGCAACAACAGCUCCAACAACAAAUGCAACAACAUCAUCAACAACAGCAACAACAUCAACAGCAACAACACCAACAACAACAACAACAACAGUCCCAAGCCCAACAACACCAACAACAGGGACAGGUCGACAUGGCUAAUCAUGCUGGCACCGUCACCGAUCCACCUUUGAAUAUGCAAGGAUGGGACUUGCAACAACUCGCUAUGUAUCUGUUGAAAAUGGAAAGGAGAGAAAAGAUGGAAGCAAUGGUCAAGGAGCGCGAGAGAACGCGCUUCGAAGAACAAAAGGCUAAGUGGUCACGACGAGAAGAGAACGAAUUUUUACGCGUAGUUUCGACAUACGGCGUAAAUUACGACAGGAAGAAAGCCCAGUACGAUUGGACUAAAUUCAAGAAUAUCGCCAAAUUCGACAAAAAAACUGAUGCUGAUUUGACCGACUAUUACAUGUCAUUCAGAGCAAUGCUUAAGAAAAUUUGUAAUACCAAAACCAACGAGGACGAAGCUCAUUCGGACAUUCCAAUGGAACAUCUAACCCCGAACAAGGCUCGACAUAUAUUGGGCCGCGUCGACCUGCUGAGUAAAAUUCGAGAAGAAAUUCUAUCGCAUCCUCAUCUCGAAGAGAGAUUGUCACUGUGUCAGCCGUCCGGUGACACACCAGAAUGGUGGCAACCAGGUAAACACGACAAGGAAUUACUACUGGGAGCUGCGAAGCACGGUUUAGGCCGUACAGACAUCACGAUUUUAAACGAUCCCGAUUUUUCAUUCCACAAAAUGCUCGGCAAGAGUAUUUACAAUGUAAUGCAACCAACGAAAAUAUUCGAAAAACCAGAAAAAGCUAUAAAGAUCGAGAGUCGAGAGGAUAUUUUGAAAUUCGACAAAAACGAAAUUCUUGUCAAGUUGGAAAAAGGCGAAGGUACGCUUAAAAUAGAGAAAGUGGCGAUGAAAAAAGACGGUAGUGGGACGAUGGAGAAAAAGUUGGAGACUUCGAGUCCCGAGAAAGGUCAAGUCCAAUUGACACUCGUGAAGACAGAAACAAAAGCCGAAGAAAUCGCACCAAAUAACGGUCUCACGAUCAUGAGUCUUCCGAAACUGAAAACACCCGAGCCGGAAAAAGUGAUCGAGGAAAUAGACGUUGAACCCGAGACAAAGAUUGACACAGCUCCGAAGCAAACGACGGCUAGCGAAGCGGAAAAACCGUCAAAAGACAACGAAGAAAAAGUGGAUGGAGAAAAGACGACUGAAAAGCAAUCGGAGUCCGCCGAAGAGCCAGAAGUUGUGGAAAUGGAAAAGUCGGUCGAGAAAGAAAAAGAAAAAUCGGAGGUCGUAGUCGAUAUUACGGAGGAAGAAAAGUCAGAUGUGGAUAAGGAGAAAGAGAAACCCGUGGAGGAAGCAUCUGAAUUAAAACCGAAAGACGUUGAGGCCAAUAAGGUUGUAACGGAGGUUAAAGAGACUGAGACAGAUGUCGAACCUGUAGAAAAAUCUGUGAGCGAAGAAGUCGCAAAAACUUCUCAGGAAGAAGCUGCAGCUAAAAAAUCUGACGGAGAAAAGCCGGAAGAAGAAGAGACGGGAGAGCAAACAGAAAACGAGAAAAAAGAGGAAGAAGCAAUGGAGAUUGGAAAAUCGGAAGAGAAAAUGACGGAAGAAAGUCCAGUCGUCGCGGAAGAAUCGACGAAAAAGCAAGCUGAAAAAGAAUGCGAAAAAACUCCAGAGAAAGAAAAAGAGCCUGAAAAAAUGGAGGAAGACGUUAGCAGUGCCAAAGAGAUCGUCAUUGAAGAAAAAUCCGAAACGACCAAGACUUCUACCGAAUCUACUGAAACACCGCCUGUCGAAGCAACGAAAACCGACGUCGAGAAUACUGUUCAAUCUGAGACUAAAGAAUCUGAAAUUGAACCAGAAUGCGAGAUCAAAGAACUCGAAGUUAAGGAAAUUGUUAAAGAAGAAGUUGUACAAGUUGAGGAUAAAGCCUCAAAUGUCGAGGCGGAUCAAAGCAAAUCCACUAAAAUAGAGGACAAGUGCAGCGUUCAAGCUGCCGAACUCAAAGCCAUGUUCCCUGAUCUCGAAGUGAUUCAGCCUUUGUCCCGAUUGACCCAAAUCGAUACUUUUGUCUUACGUGACAAAACUAUCGAUUAUAACGAGCCAACAGUUGCGCAGCUUCUUGCACACAGUUACCAGUCAUCGGUAAAAUGGCCUAAGGAACAUGCGAUUGAAGCGCGUUUGAUGCACAUCGUUCAUGCGAUCGAGCACAAGGAGUGGCCAGUAGCAGUGAAUUUUACGGCGGGCGAUGAGAUUGAAUCCGCUCAAGCGCAACAGUUGAGCAACGAAAAGGAUAAUUCGGAGGUCAUCACAAUCACUACCGAUCACGGUGUGUCGCGAGUUCUGGCAGCUGGAAAUUCCAACACCACGAGCGGCAUGAACAACAUGAAUAAUAGUAACAAUAGCAAUAUUAGCAGCAAUGCCAAUAACAAUAAUAAUGCCAAUGUCAAUACGAGCAACAAUAGCAGCAACAAUAACAGCAACAAUAUGGCUGUUCCGAACGUGACGACAACCGUCGCCGUUUCCGCAGCUGCUGCCAAUGCCUCGAAAAAACGCAAGAGACACAUUGCCAUUGAUGUAGAAACGGAACGAGCAAAACUUCACGCGUUACUGAACAGCAGUCACAUGGCACCUCAGCCACCUCCAACGUUGAGCAAACCGGCCGCCGCUAUGCCUGGAACGUCUUGGGAAAGCAACGAAGAGGUGCAAACUGAGGAAACGCGACGUUCGACGCCGAUGCAACCGCCGCCAGCUCAUCAACAGGCGAGAACACCGAAUAUGCCCUUCGAUUUGAAAUACACUGUACCGGGGAAAACGACUAUCAUUCCUGGCACCUCAAGCACUCUUACUCCGAUCGAUUUAUCCUCUGGAUACAUGAAAGCUGCUCCGGAGCCUACCAGCAAAGACAUGAUGAGUGAAGUACAAGACUUUUCAAUGCCCAGUAAAAACAAACAAGUGAGCAGUAACAAGGGCAAACUUGAUAGCAUGCUCGAUAAACUGAUGAAACGUAAAAAUUACCCGGCUGACGAGCCAGUAGUGGGUAAAGAGAAGAAGCGUCGAAAAUUGGAUGAGAUAGUUCUCGGACUUAGCGCAGCGAAGGAACAGCAGAGUACUCAUUAUCCGGAGCACAGUAAGAAAAAUCCAAUAACGCCGAACGUGACGGUAACGCCGACUUCAGCGCCGAUUGGUCUUCCGAAUCCACCAGCACCGUCGCAAAAGCCAUUCUCGAUAACUGUUACGUCGAUACCGUCGUCGAGGGCAUCGGGUUCGUCGUCGAAUCAUCCACCACCGUCCAUGCACUCGCACAAAGACAGUUUUGCCGCUUUACUCGCGCAGCAUGAACACCAGAAUCGCGAAUUGAAGAAGCAGCAACAGCAACAGCAGCAACAGCAUCAACAACAUCAGCAUCAGCAACAGCAACAUCAGCAUCAUCAUCAACAACAACAAGCAUUCAACUCUGCUCACAUGUCGUCGAGCAGCCAGCGCAAGAGUUACGACGCUAUGAUUGCUGAUAUAAAUAAAGUUGCCGAAUAUUCGUCAAAAAUAGGCUCGUAUUCUCACGAAGCAAAAGUAAACAAAUGGCUCGCCGAACAAACCGCAAUGUCGGAACAAAUGGGCGCGGAAUAUCUGAGCGCACCGAGACGCCGGAGACCACGAGUCGAUCCAUCUCUCCUGGAUUGGAAAAAACUCACCGGUGAGGAAAACGUGGCUGUUAUUAACAGGUUAACAGGGAAAAAAGUGACUGGGAGUAAAGCUCCUCAGUUGAAGCGUCUCGGUCAAUGGCUCAUCGAAAAUCCUAUGUUCGACGUCGAUCCGAAAUGGGCGGAAUUGGUUAAGGAACGCGGUAACUUGCCUCACGAUUUGCAAAAACGUUUACCCGGUAGCGAUCGUGGUGGUAACAAGGGCAAAAGUCCUGGUCGACCACCGAUGAUGCCAAGCCCAACGAGUCAACAAACCGCUAAUUCGGCGAAUCUCGCAGCCUCCUCAAUGGCUGCUGCUUCCGGCUUGAAUUUCUCGUCGCUCGGUAAUCUCAAUAAUUCAUUGUUAUCGGGUCUUUCACUCGGUAAUUUUGAUCCAAAGAACAAUCCGUUAUUGAUGCCAUUCGGAGGAUUGCCGAAUCUCGGUGCCCUCGGCGGGCUCGGGAAUUUGGGAAAUUUGAGCAAUAUGAGUCUUACAAAUUCGUUGUUCGCGAAUCUCGCCGGACUUGGUUUGCCCUCCCUCGCUGGUAUGGAAGCGGCCCUCGGGGGCGGAGCUUCCUCCACGAGUCAAGCUGAAACCAACGUCGUUAAUUCGUCAGUUGGAAAAAUGGCGAAUUCAACGAAUUCAACAUCAACGAGCAAAUCACGUAAUAAAAUGGAAUCUUCUUCGAAAGCCUCGGCGCCGUCGACUUCGACCUCGUCUUCGUCGAUGCCAACGACGACACCGUUCCCCUUCUUCUUUCCAAAUCCAAGUCUGCUCUAUACGCCUCUUGGUCUCGGUGGUUUGAAUCCAUUCUCGAUGCAACCAGGUGGUGUAUCCUCGGCUUACGAAAGUUUGGCACAGUGCGGCUUGUUACCGCCAAGCUCAUCGGCCAGUGGCCAAGCGACGACCUCAACUUCGUCGUCCUCGAGAAAACCGUCCUCGUCGAGCAGCUCCCGACAGCAGCGUGAGAUCGUCGCUGAAUCCCUGAAGCGCAAAGAAGCUGAAAAAAAAUCACGAUACUCGAUGGAUCCGAGCUUGAGUCUCCAGCAAUAUUCCGAUUUGGCGCUACACAGCGAAGUUGAUAGAAGAAGAAACGAGCCUGAGCGCAGUGAAAGUAAAAAAGAGACCAUCGAAUUGAGCGAAAUCGCGGAUUUGUCAGCGAGAAUAGAGAGGAAGAGUAAGGAGCAAGAAAUGAAAGAAGCUCUGGAGCAACUUUCUCGAACGAGCGCUGAACUGUUAACGAGAAAUUUGGAGGAUUUACAAAGGCCAUCGUCGAAACGUUCGAGGAACGUGGAUCAUCAACACGCGAUAGAGCAACAAAUACCAGCUUCGUUGGAGGUCACACUCGAACCCGUUUCGAAAAGAAGCCGCACCGAGAUCGUCGAUACGAGUCCAAAAGUCACAAUGACGGAGGCGAACGUUGAAAUUGAAACGAUUCUUCGGCCUGUACCGAGCAAAGCGUUGCCCGCUGCCCAAACAUCACAACCAGCGGCGAGCGCUCCUUCUGUUCCGUCAGUUCCGCCUCCCCGCGAAAGACAACCCACUUCCCCGACGCCCGUACGUCAACCUUCGCCGACGGCACCUCCGCAAGAAGCUGCUGCCGCACCUCUGCAAGAGUCGCCCCCGACUCCGGCAGCUCCUCAACCGGCACAAGAGGAUAGUGCCUCGCUCAAUACUUCAAAUAAUAGCAAUAAAGAAUCUGUCGAAUCGCAGCCUCCUGAUGAAGCGCCGCGAUCCCAAUCGCCCUCCUCGCAAUCCCCGGCCCAACAGCAACAACCACCUUCGCAACAACCAGAGACCCAAGAACCUCAACAACCACCACCACAAUCCAAUACCAAGGCUGAUAGUAAUAAAACUCCGGAAGCGGAGGACGAGCAAAAGACGACGUCAGUCGUUGCCUCCGCCGCCUCCUCCUCUUCAAAGAGUAAAAAAUCACGCAGUGGCAAACGCAUGAGCGUCGAGCCACCGCCAGAACGUAAAAAUCUUCGCUCCAGCGCCGGCAGACAAGCUCGUGCUGCGGCUGAGAGACAAGCUCGCAUGGUCGAGGGUGAACAAAACGCUGCUGAGAAUCAACACGAUCCACACGGUGGUGGUGAGUGAUGGGAAAAAAACGUGAGUUCGCGACGCACUAGGAAUAUCGAUACGGCUGCUGCUACUGUUGCUGCUGCUCCUCCUCCCGUUGACGCCCCAACCGUUAUCGAUAAUUCGUCAAGAGCGAACACACGGUCAACCACUUAUCGAGAUAAACAACAAAACAACAAUAAAAAUACGCUACCGACGAUACGGAAAUCGUCGCGUUUAAGGGGUGCUGCUGCAAAACAUUUCCAAAACCCUCUUUAAACGAUUUCAUCCAUUCCGGGACGUUUGUAUAAACGCGCGCGCAUGUAGUGAUGAACGUGUGAUCUCCACGGAAUUUUUAGUGCACGGGGUGGCAAGGAGAUUUAAAAAAUCGACAAAAUCGCAAAGUAUUUGCAAAAGACUACGUAGAUCCGUAGCGACACGAAUAAAUCAGUGGUAAUUGUGAAAAAUAAAAAAAUAAAUGACACACAAGUUCAAGAAAAUACAUGAAAUAUCACAAGCGACAAUUCAUUUCAGGUGAUUGUGUGAUAAGCCACAUUUACGAACAAUUUGAACGCAAUAGUAUUUUGUGGUAAUGAUACUUUGUGUGGUAAUUCAACGUUCUUAUUACGAGAAAGCGGGAAGAAUUAAGAAUACGAGAAAAAAAAUAAAAAAUAAUAGUUAACGAUAAUGGAAUAUAAUUUUGUUAAAUUUAUUAUCCUUUUUGAUCUUAUUGGUUUUGACCAGGGACUGUUUUCUAUAACUGCUAUCAACGUAUAUAUUAUUAUACGCAUAAUAAUAUAACCGUACCGAUUAGACGAAGUAAAUAAAUAAAUAAAUAAAUAAAUAAAAAUUGAGUUAAAUAAACAAAACAUCUUAGCGAUAAAUUAAAUAACGAAAUAAUUGAAGGAAACGGAUGAGAGAAGUUUGAAGUAACAAUACAAAAAUCGAAAGAAAACGAAAAAUGUACAUAUUAUACAAUCUGCCUAGAUAUUAUAAGCAAAGAAAAAAAACAACAACGUGUACUUGGAAAAGUGUAUAUAACGCAGUGUACUUUUAAUUAUACUAGGUGAAAUAAUAAACGGCUUCUUUUGUUGUUUGCAAAA